AUGGAGAGACAACGGGUAUAUCAAGCGUGCACUGAAAUCGGGUGGUUUGUAACCACUGAUCUCCCAAACAGUCCCUUCGGACACAAUAUUCCCGUCGAGUUUUAUAUCCAACAAUGCGCUGAUGUUUUUGGGCCACAAUUCACGGCCCAAACCGUACAGAAAGGGGUCGACCGGACAAAUGCCAAAUACGGGGGUUUAAAGCCAAACGUGACAAAUGUUGUGUUCCCUAACGGGUCACUCGACCCCUACCACGCUCUCAGUGUCCUUAAAGACCUCAAUAAAAGCACAAAAGCCGUUAUGAUUGAGGGCUGCGCUCACGGGGGAGAUAUGUGGGGAUCGACACCAAAGGAUUCCCAGAGGGUGAUUCGCAAAUUACGUUCGCACUUUUUAAGAAAUCUAGACCCCCCCCUUAUGCGGGAGUUGUUAGCGAAUCGCUGGGAAAGGUGUGCUCCGAUAAUAUCA